AGAAUUAAAAAGGAGACGGCCAAUCUUUGUUUGCAAUUUAUGUUUCCGGACUCUUCGAUCAAGCUCCAGCGGCUCAAUUUCUCUCGUUUCUUCGUUUCUAACACCAUUCAUCUUCUUUGAAUUCUUCUUCCCCAAUCGACGAUAAGGGUACCGUCGCAUUCGCUCGUUCUCUCCCGUGUUUCGGUUUUGCAGCUCCGACCAGCUAAUCAGCCCAGGAGCGGGACUUGACAGAUGGGGGAACUGGCAACUGAGAAGCAUGUUAGAUACAUAUUAUCCGUUGAAAAGGUCGUUUUGUGCACAGAGAAAGGAUGAUUUUCAAUCUGUGGUGAUGGAACAUCUAAGGAUGAAUGGUGCAUACUGGGGGCUGACUGCACUGGAUAUCCUUGGAAAGCUCAACACUGUGGAUGUUGAUGAGGUUGUUUCAUGGGUAAUGUCAUGCCAACACGAGUCAGGUGGUUUUGCUGGCAAUGUUGGACAUGAUCCACACAUACUUUACACCCUUAGUGCUGUGCAAGUUUUAGCACUUUUUGACAAGCUGGAUGUUUUAGAUGUUGAUAAGGAUCUGAAAUCGGGGUUGACGAUUAGCACUGCCCGGCACGAUAGGGGACUAUACUUCCUUUCUGACGAAGCUUCCUCUAGAUUUUCAUAUAUUGCAAUUUUAUGCCUAUCGUUGUUACAUCAAUUGGAUAAAAUCAAUGUUGAGAAGGCCGUGAACUUCAUCGUUAGUUGCAAAAAUAUGGAUGGUGGUUUUGGAUGUACACCUGGUGGAGAGUCACAUUCUGGGCAAAUUUUCUGUUGUGUUGGUGCUCUUGCUCUCACGGGGUCUCUUCACCAUAUUGACAAGGAUCUUCUUGGAUGGUGGCUGUGUGAGCGGCAAGUUAAAUCUGGAGGUCUUAAUGGUCGCCCUGAAAAACUCCCUGAUGUCUGCUAUUCAUGGUGGGUUCUUUCUAGCUUGAUCAUGAUUGACAGGGUCCACUGGAUUAAUAAGGAAAAACUGAUCAAGUUCAUCUUAGACUGCCAGGAUACCGAAAAUGGUGGAAUUUCAGAUAGACCAGAUGAUGCUGUUGAUGUCUAUCACACAUACUUUGGAAUAGCAGGACUUUCACUUCUUGAAUAUCCAUCGUUGAAAGCCAUAGAUCCAGCAUACGCUUUACCAGUCGACGUCGUGAAUAGGAUUCGUCUUGGCAAAAGGCAUGCUAUCUAAGAGAACUUUAUCUUUUUUCCAAGUUCUGGUAAGUUAAAUUCCAUAUAGUCUUUAUUUGAUGAUGGGAAGCCAUUGAUGAUCACUAGUCAAAUUUAGCUCUUGGAUCUUGAGUUUUGGACUGAUAUGGGUCUUAGAGACCUAUGAAGAAAGGUGAAUCAUGCUGUAUUGUUACUAGCAGGAUUUGAUUAAGUACAAUGAUUUAGAAACUGCCUAUUGAUUUCAUCUUGUUUUCUUUUCUUUUGCAUUUCAAGGUAGUGGCCGAAGUGGCUAAGUGAAACUAUUAUGUUAUACAAUUCUACAAUUCAAUUCUUUUACUGCCAAAUCAAGUUUUAUUGGAAGAUAAAUCUAUAGCUCUUUCUUUCUUUUGGUUUA